GUCUGCUCAAAACAAUACAUAUUCGAACUUUUUUUUUUUUUUUUUACUUUUUCCAUUUUCAGAACGUUUGGUAUGACGAGAGGAGAGGAAGAGGGGGCGAUUUCUAUUGAUUGUAUUUAAAAGGUAUGCUUCGAGCACUAACUCGCACUGCAAACAUCUUUUAAAAAGUUUAGUUUCCAUCAACCGCUACGCACGUCUAUUUGGCCACUUCGAAGCUCGUAAAAUCCCGCAACGAAUUGGUUUCUGCUUGCAUCACUACAUCUAUCAAUUUUAGAACAAUAAAACGACGGUAAACUCGAACAAACACUCGAGAACUUGCCGAUAAACCACAAAGGACGUUGUCUGCUAUCGUCGAGGAUCUGUAAUCACUGUAAUCAGCACGUGGCUAACUUCCGCUCUCCUCAUUGGCUCUUUCGGGCGCGCACCGCCUGACAUUGCCAAAACAACACAAUAAAAUGUCCAGACGGGCAUCCAAACAGACUCUUGGGAGGACAGCGUAGAGCAGCCUCAGUCUCGUCGUCACUUUGCUUUCUCACGCCAUAAUGACAGAUCACGUCUAUCAUACACGGUCCUUGGGCAUCGGUAGCGAAGGUAUCCCGGACCAGUACGCCGACGGCAGAGCGGCUAAGGUAUGGGAGGUCUACAUCGGAGAAAGAAACAAGAGGACAGACCACUACAAAACUUUCCUGACGGAGAAACUCCAAACUCUGCAAUGUCAUCGUCUCCUGGACGUCGCUUGCGGAACUGGCAUCGACUCUAUCCUUCUCCUGGAAGAAGGCUUUAAGGUGACCAGCGUGGACGCCAGCGACCGUAUGCUCAAGUACGCGCUGAGGACCCGUUGGAACCGCAGAAGCGAAAAGGCCUUCAACGAGUGGGUGAUCGAAGAGGCAAACUGGCUGACGCUCCCCGAUGACCUGGUGAAGCCCGAGACCGGUUUCGACGCGGUCAUUUGUCUCGGCAACUCGUUCAGCCAUUUACCGGACGUCGCCGGGGACGGCAGCAUCCACCGGAAAGCCAUCACCAACUUCAGGGAAAUGAUCAAGCCCGGAGGCUUCCUGAUCAUCGACCACCGCAACUACGACCACAUCCUCGACCACGGAACGACGCCGACGCACAGCAUCUACUACAAUAGCAAGUAUAUCCGGGACAUUCACACGUCGGUGAUGUACGUUGACCGGAAGCCGUCCAUGGUGAUGCUCGACUACGUCAUGGACAUCUCGUCGCUGGACAGCAAGUUCGACAACACCGACUCGGAGCACAGCAAGAAGGGGAGGCUCUCCGGAGAACCCGUCAACAAUUUCCGGCUGUCGUACUACCCGCACAGAUUGGCCGAAUUUUCCAAGAUCCUCAAGGACGUUUUCGGCGACGAGGCGAGGCACGAGAUAUACGGGGACUUCAAGCCGCUGAGCGACGACUACGUUCCUGCGUUUUACAUUCACAUCCUGCAGAAAGUAUAAAAAGCUGGCCGCAGUUUCGCCUAUAUAGUUACUGACACACAAACAACGAUGGCGAUGGAACUAAACAGAAUCCAGCACGUCCCUCUCUUGUGACCAUCAAGUGACCACCAUUUUUGCUCCAAUGGAGUUCGUGUACCGCACCAUUUUAAUUUGCAAGUAUUAAUUAAAGAAGUAAUUAUCUCCAUAACGAAA